AAACAAAAGGAGCGAUGGAUCUUUUCCUUCGUUGCUGGCUGAUAAUUUGUCGUCCUAUGUACGCGCCUGUUGAGUGUUUUUUUUACGCAUGAAACAACACUACAGGCCACAAAAUGACGGAAGGCAGUGCUACGAGAAUGAAGAGAAAUGGGGCUAGGAUCUUCAAAAAUCCUCCGCAGCCUCACAUGUGUAUACGAGAUUUUAUACAGUUAUGUGUGUUAAACUUUGCUGAGAACAUGAGAUGUCUUCUCUUGAGUUGCCAACGUGCUUUUAUAAGACACACUUCCAAAGAAUAGAGUAUUCUCGAGCAACAACACUCUUUGCUCCAAAAUGGAAUAAUUCUAAUAUUCAACAAAUAAUAAAUGUAAAAACAUCGAACGAGGCAGUGAAUAGAGGGAACAACAGCACCUUGUUAUGUUAAUGUACUAUCCUGGGAUAGAAUCGCAAUGCCAUGUAGACCUUCCCAACCUGUGCCACUUUGGGGAGGUAUGAGAGUACCGUCCCCGCGUACAAAAGCAGAAGCUGUGGUUUUUGCUGUAAUGGCUAAUCCAGAGGUGCUUCGCAUUAAUGGGAAGAACGCAGAAGAUCCAGAAAAACGUUCGUCCCUGAUAGAACUCUUGCUGGAUUUCGUAGAAGCGAUGAAUGCAGGCGUAAUAUUCUCGAGGCGGUACACGAUUUUAAAAGAUCGCGAUAUCACCGGUGAAUUGAAGGAGGUAUGGAAUGCGGUUCAGGCUCGGCGGGACCGAGAACAACCACCUCCUCAACAAGAGACUUGGAUUGACGCACAACCACCUGUACCACAGUAUCCCCAAUAUCAAGACCAACAACAGCAAACGCAAAAGCAGCAACAGGAAUAUACUUCUCAGCAACCGCCUCAAUAUCAUUCUAGUAUCGGCUAUGGUAGAGCAAUAAGCAGCGAUAAUAUGCAUUACGAAGGUUAUGGCUAUCAAUCGCAAAAGUCUGUCAUCGCAUCGAACGAUCAGAUGUACCAGUCCGGCCAAAUAGUAUCGCAACAAUAUGGUAACGUAACGCGAAUAGCGCAAGAUCGGUACAAUUAUAGAGAACGUGGCAGAGACACUCUCGUACAGAAUAUCCCGCAACAAAGCUGUCCCGCGUAUCCAGCGCCACAGUAUCAAUUUCAACAACUGCCCAGGCAAAUGAUGCCACAGUAUGUAAACUCUAAUGUACAUCCAAACACUAAUUUAGGAUAUGGUCCACAAACGAACACCAGUGUCAAUCCAAAUAUGCCAGGCGCGUUUCAAUCGUAUAUAACUAAUCCGAUGUAUCAACAACGAAUGGACAAUACGAUACACGUCGAUAUCCGUAGAAUGCAACAGCAGCAGCAGCAGCAACAACAGCAACAACAACAACAACAGCAACAACAGAUACACAUAAACCACACGCAACAAGUGCCUCAGUACGAACCAGCGGGAGAUUGGCAGAAUGUCUCAACUGUCAACGUAUUGAGACUGGGUCGACCGCACAUGGGCGUUAUUCAGAAGAACAGCGUAAGUAAGAGACAAGUGAAUUCACCUACGCACGGCAAACAGCAGGCCUCCUGCACGAAUUGUCAUAACAAAUCUACCACGGAGAACGUUGCAAAACCGAAGAGCCCGGUUAAAGUAUUGCAACGGGAAUUGUCAUCGUCGGGAGAUCGACAGGAUACGAACUAUUACGUGAUAACGGAUAAUAAUAAGACGAUGAGAAGAGAAAAGGUAUACACCGAGGAAAUAAGAAACUUGCGGCCCAGCGACAUAACGAGGGAGACCGAAGGAAAGAAACUUAACGAAUGUUCGAACAUCGAAUCAAACGAUACGUCCAAAAAAUCCAACGACGCUUAUACUUCUGGAUCAUCAUCGAAUACUCGCAAAACGAUUAAUUCCAACGACAACAAUCAGGAUAACACGAAACAACAAGAUACGAAGGACUUUGAUCAUCUACCAACUGUAAGUCAAAUGAUAGCCGAUCAAAAGUUUAGUUCAAGAUGUCGAAUAAUAGUUGGAAGAAUUAAGCAUAAGGAUAACGUUGAUAACAAUAAAACGAUAUGGCCUCGUUUUGUCUCCGAUCAAAAGAUCGAUAGUCCGAAACGAUCGCAAACGACUAUUAACAGUAUCAUCAACCCAGGUAUGUCGAACGAGGAGACUUCAAUUAAGAAAAAGGCUACCAAUGGUCAGCCGAAGAGCAAAAAUGCCAAAGCUUAUUGUGAAAACGAGGAGAUACAACAGGGAUACACGAUAUUGAAGAAAACCGAGACAAUCGUUCAAGAGGAAGUUAUUAACGAUAUUGCUCAAAUAUCUAUUCAAGACUGUAAAGACGGCACCGAGGUCAGUCCUGUGCUAUCGUGAUAGCCUAGUUUUACAGCUAGUACAGAGUAUUAGCUUGCAGCUAAUUACCAGCGAAUAAUAUAAUUAAUGUGUAUAUAGAUAGAAUAUUAUUCGAUGAUACGAGAGAAGAAUGGGUCAAAACGAUAUUGAAAGAAAAAACAAGAACGCUGUAAUGUUAAUUAUAAUAAUUAUAAUAAUAAUAUUAAUAUUAAUUAUAAUAAUGAUAAUAAUAAUAAUUAUAAUAAUAAUAAUAAUAAUAAUAAUAACAAUAAUAAUAAUGGAGAGAGGGGCUCGAACAUUUUCGCUUUUGCGUUACGAAGUUAAGGAAAACGAUAAAAAAACAUAAAAAAAUAAAAUAAAGAAAAAAUAAACAAAAAAAAAUAAAUAAAUAAAAGAUAAGGAACAAACAAGGAAAAGCAAGGAAAUAGAUGACCGAAGGCCGUACGAGAGAAUCUUCGAUCUUCUUUGAUCGUCGAUCUGACGAAUCCACUCGUCUUCCUCUCUAUUAUUUAAAAUAGGGUUCGCCUGAAACUUCGGCCGAUAAAACGAAUACUUUCGCUUCUAAUUAAAUUGGAAAAGAAAUAUCGAAGGAAACGAGGUUUGAUUCUCAUCAUUUUACUUAUCCCACCCACCCCCUCCUCUCUUCGUUUCAAUCAUUUUUAUGUACGUCCUAACGACACUUCUCUCAAAGGCCUGAUGUGCUGAUCACGAUUGUGAAUCACGACUGAUGACGAGGAAGUCAUAUUUGAGGAAAAAAAGAAGAAAAAGCACACCACAAGAGAUUUAAAGGUCAAUUAUAUUUCUACCAAGUCAACAUAAUUCGAAAAGAAAGGAAGGAAAAAGAAAAGAAAAAGAGAGAAAGUUUGUCAAAAGAAAUAAUGAUCUUGGACGAUGUUACAUAUGCUAUCUCUCAUUGCUGCCAUAUUCUACUAUUAUGUCAACGGAAUAAUCAAUAACGUAUCGAUUGUAAUUUAACGAGGAAUUGCAUAAUUCAAUUGGCAAGAAGAUAAGAGAAAUAAGAAGAAUAACAAGAAGUUUGUAAUGUUGAAGUGAAAAAUAAGCAAGUAUAAACAUUGAAAGAGAACAUUUAUCAUGUUUACAGUAAACCAUAUCGAACGUACACAUGUAACAAAUAGAUAUACACAAACACAUACAUGUAUGUGUAUGUGUGUACACACACAUACAGAGUGAUUCAUUGACAACUGGAAUUACAUUGUAAUUUUUUUCCUUUUCUUUUUAUUUGAUAAGCAAUGAUUAAAAAAAAAGACAAAACAUAUAUGCAUUUAAUUUGUAUUUGCUUUUUAUUUAAUGAUAAAAAAAAAAUGUUAUUAUAAUUCUAGCUGUCAGAAUUACUCAGCAUAGAAAUAUUUGAAUCCAUCGACCUAGAAAUGAUCGAAGGCCACACAUACACACGUACAUCUUUCAGUAUAAUUACUGAUGGUGCUUCAAUUAUAGAGUAAAAGAAACACAUUAAGAUCUCAACAUUGAUAAAUAAUUAUAAACACAUAAAACGUAAAGUAAUACAAGUAUAAUAAAUAAUUAGCGGCGUUUGUUGUGUGCUAGGAAGGACCAAUCCGCGCGCAAAAAUAAAAUGAUAAAUCAAAGAAAAUAAUGGAAGGAAAAAUAAAUAAAUAAAUAAAAUAAAAACACGAGGGUGCAAUAAAAAUUAAAAAAAAAAAAAAGAUUUCUUUAAUGGUUCGGAAACGAAACCCAAAACAACGCGUAUUAUAACAAUAAUUUUCAAUAACGAGCUGGCUCUCGCAUUAAAAUUAAGCUCGCGUUUUCUUUUCUCUUUUCAAUUUAUUUUAUAGUUUCUUUUUUUUUCUUUUUCUUUUUUCUCCCUCUUUUUUAUAUAUAUACUUUAUUAUACUUUCUUCUUUUCUUUUUCUCUUUGUUUCAUAUUAGCAACAUGCAAAAUUAAUAAUAAUAAUAUUUAUCAUAAUAAUAAUAAUUAACAAUAAUUAUUAAUAAUAUUAAUUAAUACUAAUAAUAAUGAUAAUUAGAAAAAAAAUUACGGUAACACGUCAAAAAGAAACUAGGAAAUAUACGCCAUCUUGGAAGAACAGUGUAAUUAUUGUAAUCAAACGAAUUUUUAGCUUUUCUCGCUUUAUACACGAUGCAUGAUAAGAAUGAAAAACAAAAGAAAAGGAAAGAAAGAUAAAGAGAAAGAAGGAAAGAAAAAAAGAAAGUGAUUUUUUCUAUUAAAGCGUCGCAAAUGGGAGAAGGAGAGUGUGCA